UUCUGCGUUCCUUCCUUUUCAUUUUCUACAAAGCCCAAGCGAGGAGUGUUUCCAUUCACAACCUGCAAUUGCAUCAGAUACAUUCCUUUCCUUUACUUUUCAUGGCUCUCUGGAUUCUCCUUCCGUUUCUUCUUAUUACAUGUUUUGCUUUGUUUUUAGUAAGUGCCUAUUCCCCGUAUCCUUCGUAUCAGAGUUGUUCUAAUUAUACAUGCAACCAGUCUCUUGUCAAAUAUCCCUUUAAUGAUUGCGGCAUGACAGAUACUAGGUGCGUAAGAAACAAUAUUAUUCUAAAUGUUGUCCGUUAUGCGUCAGGGUUUUGUUUGGGAGACAGGUAUAAGGUAGUGGGAGGGAUCACAGAAUCAUCUUAUGCAAACAAUACCAUUCGUGUUGCCUGUGAUGAAAACCAUUUCAAUGUUUGCAAUAAAGAAGUAUUAUAUUCUUUCAGGUGGCCUUAUCAAAAUCCAUUUUAUCUUUCUGAUAAAUACAAAUCAGGAACCGUUCUUAUCUGUAACAGAGAACCUCCAUACAGCAUCGAUCUCAAGCAAAUCAAGUGUUUGGAUUGCAGAAGCAGAAACGAUUUAUGCUACUUUCUUCUUUCUGGAUUAUCUCUGGAAUAUCAUGAUGAAAGUUGUGAAAGCCGAUACGGCGUUGUCAUUCCGAAAAACAAUAGCUCCAACAUCACUCAUGAAAAGAAUCUCCGGGAGCUCCUCUGCACGGGAUUCGAAAUGAAAUGGAAUAUCAGCGAUGCAUGCACUUCCUGUGAAGCCUCUGGUGGGAUUUGUUAUACCCCAGAUUAUUAUAAUGGAGAGGACUAUCUUGAGGCGUGCAUUUGUGCCAAUGGUCCCCACCAAUUCAACUGCUCUGACGGAAAUCUUCUCUACCAGAGAAAUGGCGGAUGCUCUCGAAAUAUAAAGCAGGUAAGCUACUUUAGACGGGGGUUUUUUCUUUUCAAAAUUAAUUAUCUUAUUUAA